UGGCGACUCGUCGCCAUUCCCGGAGCAGCUCGGCCUCGGCCCAGCGGCGAGCGCCGGUCGCCGAGUCGCAGACCGCGGUCCGACGCCGAGACAGCCAGCCCGCUCCCCUGCCCCGCGGCGGGAGAGCGUGUCCGGCCGGCCGGCGGGGCUCGCGCACCCUCGCUCGCUGCAGCCCCGCGCCCGCAGCCGCCGCCCCGCCAGGCCCGGCCCGGACGCCCGAGCGCGGCCUCCACCCGCCGCCGCCGCCGCCUCUCCGCCCCCGUCCGCGAAGCCGAGGAAGGAAGUCGGGAAGAUGUCGCCAUGAGGGCCGAGAACCGCCGCCGCCGCCGCCCGCCGCCGGCCCCGAACGCCAUGAGCCUGGGUCCCCGCCGCGCCCGCUCCGCUCCGACCGCCGCCGCCGCCGAGGCCCCCGUUGAUGCCGCUGAGCGCGCCCAGCGCCGCCGCCACCGCCGCCGACAUGGACAGGAGCAGCGGCUCGGGCGGCGCCUCCGCCUCGUCGGGCAGCGGCAAGGGGCCGCCGCCGCCCCGCUCCGCCUCGGCCGGGCCGGCGGGCGAGUCUAAGCCCAAGAGCGAUGGAAAGAACUCCAGUGGAUCCAAGCGUUAUAAUCGCAAGCGUGAACCUUCCUAUCCCAAAAAUGAAAACUUUAGCAACCAGUCCCGUCGCUCCAGUUCACAGAAAAGCAAAACUUUUAAUAAGACGCCUCCUCAGAGGGGCGGCGGCAGCAGCAAACCCUUUAGCUCUUCUUUUAAUGGUGGAAGACGAGAUGAGGUAGCAGAGGCUCAACGGGCAGAGUUUAGCCCUGCCCAGUUCUCUGGUCCUAAGAAGAUCAACCUGAACCACUUGUUGAAUUUCACAUUUGAACCCCGUGGCCAGGCAGGUCACUUUGAAGGCAGUGGACACGGCAGCUGGGGGAAAAGGAACAAGUGGGGACAUAAGCCUUUUAACAAGGAACUCUUUUUACAGGCCAACUGCCAGUUUGUGGUGUCUGAAGACCAAGACUACACAGAUCAUUUUGCUGAUCCUGAUACCUUAGUCAACUGGGACUUUGUGGAACAAGUGCGCAUUUGUAGCCAUGAAGUGCCAUCUUGCCCCAUAUGCCUAUAUCCACCUACUGCAGCCAAGAUCACCCGUUGUGGACACAUCUUCUGCUGGGCCUGCAUCUUGCACUAUCUCUCAUUGAGUGAGAAGACUUGGAGUAAAUGUCCCAUCUGCUACAGUUCGGUACAUAAGAAAGAUCUCAAGAGUGUUGUUGCCACAGAGUCACGGCAGUAUGUCGUCGGCGAUACCAUCACCAUGCAGCUGAUGAAGAGGGAGAAAGGGGUGUUGGUGGCUUUGCCCAAAUCCAAAUGGAUGAAUGUCGAUCAUCCCAUUCAUCUGGGAGAUGAGCAGCACAGCCAGUACUCGAAAUUGCUCCUGGCCUCGAAGGAGCAGGUGUUGCGCCGGGUGGUUCAGGAAGAGAAAGUGGCCCUCGAGCGGCAGCUGGCCGAGGAGAAGCACACGCCCGAGUCCUGCUUCAUCGAGGCGGCCAUUCAGGAGCUCAAGACCCGGGAAGAGGCUCUGUCGGAUUUGGCUGAGAGAGGAGAGGAGGUCACGGGCGUGGUGGCUGCUCUGGAACAACUGGUGCUGAUGGCUCCCCUGGGGACGGAGUCCUCGUUUCCACCCAGCAAGGGUGUGCUAGAAUAUCUCUCUGCUUUUGAUGAAGAAGCCACCGAUGUUUGUUCUCUGGGCUCGCCCCGUUCUCUUGCUCUCCCUCUGGUAGAGGAAGAGGAAACGCAGUUUGAAGCGGAACCCGAGGGCUUGUCCGAGGCCUGCGACGACUCGGAGUUCGCAGAUGACCAUCUCGGAGAGGGGACUGUGUGUACCGAGUCCAGCCAGCAGGAUCCCAUCCCGAAGCCAGGAUUCACACCCCUGAGCAGCUCUCCUUGCUACUACUUUUACCAAGCGGAGGACGGGCAGCACAUGUUUCUGCACCCGGUCAACGUGCGCUGCCUCGCGCGCGAGUACGGCAGCCUGGAGCAGAGCCCCGAGAAGAUCUCAGCCACGGUGGUGGAGAUUGCUGGCUACUCCAUGUCCGAGGAUGUUCGCCAGCGUCACAGGUAUCUCUCCCACUUGCCACUCACCUGUGAGUUCAGCAUCUGUGAACUGGCCCUUCAGCCUCCCCUGGUCUCCAAAGAAACCCUGGAGAUAUUCUCAGAUGACAUCGAGAAGAGGAAGCGUCAGCGCCAGAAGAAGGCUCGGGAGGAGCGCCGCCGAGAGCGCAGGAUCGAGAUGGAGGAGAACAAGAAACAGGGCAAGUACCCAGAAGUCCACAUUCCCCUGGAGAAUCUACAGCAGUUUCCUGCCUUCAAUUCGUACACCUGCUCCUCUGACUCUGCUUUGGGUCCCACCAGCAGCGAGAGCCUGGGGGCGCUCUCUCUCUCUCCUCUUAGCAGAAGUCCAAGUUCCCAAGCAGACUUCCUGCUGACGCCUCUGUCGCCUACGACCAGCCAGGGAAGUCCCUCAUUCUGCGUAGGGAGUUUGGAAGAGGACUCUCCCUUCCCGUCUUUCGCCCAGAUGCUGAGGGUUGGAAAAGCAAAAGCAGACGUGUGGCCCAAAGCUACUCCAAAGAAAGAUGAAAACAGCUUAGUUCCUCCUGCCCCUGUGGACAGCGACGGGGAGAGCGAUAACUCAGACCGUGUUCCUGUGCCCAGUUUCCAGAAUUCCUUCAGCCAAGCCAUUGAAGCAGCCUUCAUGAAACUGGACACACCGGCGACCUCUGACCCCCUCUCUGAAGAAAAAGGAGGAAAGAAAAGAAAAAAACAGAAACAGAAGCUCCUCUUCAGCACCUCAGUCGUUCAUACCAAGUGACACUACUGGCCCAACCUACCUUCUCCAUCUGUUUUUUCCCUGUGCUUUUGAUUUGCUGCUGUAAUUUUAAGUAUUUUGAGUUUGAACAGAUUAGCUCUGGGGGGAGGGGGUUUCCACAACAUAAGGGGGAACCAAGAAAAUUUUAAAUACAGUGUAUUUUCCAGCUUCCCAUCUUUACACCAAAAUAAAGUAUUGCCACUCACAAGAGAUCUUUUCCUGCCAAGGAUUUUAGUUUGUUGCCAGGUUAGUCUUUUUUGGCUCGUGUGUAAUUAGGUUUUCCAUCAGCCAUCCCUCGGAGCAGCCCGGAGUGGCGCGGUGCCACUCGGCCUCCCGAGUUGGGCAGGGAGGUCUCAGGACACCUGAGUUUGCUUUUUAAAAACGUGUUUUGUUUUUCCCUUUGUCCCAUCUGUUCAGUUCUCCUCUUGUUCAAGAAACUGCGAUGGGAGUAAGAUGGAUUUAGGUCACCCAGCCUGAAUUGCAGUUUACUUCCGAAGUGAUCAGGCGGUGGUGCCAGACGUGGGUGACACUGCACGUCGGUUGGCAAGGCAGAGAUGGCGGAGUCGAGGAAGCCAGGCCCUGCCGCCGCCAGACCAAGUCUGUUUCAUUGCUAGUGACCUGAGUUGUAGGAGCUGAGGAGUGUGUGACACCUGGAGGCAAAGCAGAGCAGUUUGCAAGCAGUGGCGUGGGGCUGCCCUCUGCUCCCGAAGGCCCGGAGCAGGCUUGUCUUGGUUUAAGCUGAAUUGGAUGUGAAUUCUUUCGCUGCUUAAUAAAAGUAACCUCUAGGUGUAAUAGAGUGUGAAGGUAAAUAGUUACAAUAAAUCACCUGCACAAGCAUUGUGAACUGUUUUUUUUUUUUUAAGCCCAUUUCACGUCAUCUGGACCAGUGUUUUCUCAACUGGGGAUCCCCAGGAUAUGCCAAGGAGGUCAAUAGCAUCAGGCUAGGGGACCGACGGGUAGGACAGGGAGGAUACCAGGUCAAAAGGGGGCCACAGUCAGAAAAAACGUCGAGAAUCACCGAUCUAGACGUUGUUUUGAUGUAGGUUGAAUAACAUCUAUGUUGAACGUGAGCAGCUCUGUCAAGGAAAAGGCUACUUAAGGUGGGCUUAGGCAGGGGAGGGAGGCUUUGUGGGAGUGCUAGGGGUCAGAGCCAGGACCCCGUACAUGCAAAGUUCUACUGCUGUUCUACCACAUCCCCAGCCCUUUGUGUGCGUGUGUGUGUUGCCUAAGUCUUUUUAAUAUCCAUUUCUACAAUGUGUAAAAUUUGUUUUUAUAAUCAAACUGAGCAGUUUUUAUCCCAGUCCAUUUUCUCCAUAAUAAAAUGCAUACCAAAGUCCCUUG